GAAAACAGUGGGUGGUGCAACACCUCUUGCUCCAACUAAGCAUGUCGAAGAAAACAAAUGGGACCACAACAAGGGUGAAGCGACUGAUGUGGAUAGUGCACAAGUAGGAGGAAGCGGUGAGGAUAUUGAAGGAAGCAUGCGUUGUGGUCGUCAGGUGGGCAAGAACAGUGAAGGCAGACACAUUGGAGGUCGUGAGUACAGGGAGCGACAUGUGGAACAACAAGGUCGACAAGCAUCAUUGACAGAGUGCGAGGACCAGCAGCUGGAGCAAAACGAACCAAAUACGGAAGAGGACGAAUUAGAGGACGAGAACAACAGAGACAACGACGAUUUUGGUGAACGUGAAUCGAAUGAAGAUGAGGAUGAUGAUAAUGAAGAGAUUCGUGAAGACGAUGACGAGAAUGACGCACACUGCAGGAAUAAGAAAGCAAUGGAUGUGACAAGGACAUCGAUGCAGCAAAGGUUUUGCGUUCGCGAAGAAGAGGUGUCACGACGUCAGACGAAUGUUGGUGCACGUCUCGUACAGGAACGAAACACAAUUCGAGACAUCACACAACAUGCAAAAUCUGAAGAAGUAAAGACUGUACGAACAAAUACGGAGCCUUGGAGGACAAAUUUGGUUGAAAUGCACCGCGAGGCGAGCAAACGGAAAUUACAAAUGGAAGAAACGGAGAAAGGAGAUAACGACAUUGACAUCCGGCGCAGGGAGGAGUUUUCGAAGUAUACUCCGAAGUUGAAGAUGGUACGAAGGAAAACAGUGGGUGGUGCAACACCUCUUGCUCCAACUAAGCAUGUCGCAGAAAACAAACGGGACCACAACAAGGGUGAAGCGACUGAUGUGGAUAGUGUACAAGUAGGAGGAAGCGGUGAGGAUAUUGAAGGAAGCAUGCGUUGUGGUCGCCAGGCGGGCAAGAACAGUGGAGGCAGACACAUUGGAGGUCGUGAGUACAGGGAGCGACAUGUGGAACAACAAGGUCGACAAGCAUCAUCGAGAGAGUGCGAGGACCAGCAGCUGGAGCAAAACGAACCAAAUACGGAAGAGGACGAAUCAGAGGAUGAGAACAACAGAGAUAGCGACGAUUUUGGUGAACGUGUAUCGAAUGAAGAUGAGGAUGAUGAUAAUGAAGAGAUUCGUGAAGACGAUGACGAGAAUGACGCACACUGCAGGAAUAAGAAAGCAAUGGUUAUGCGAGAACGUGAAAAACGGGUUGUGUCAGAGAAAAGCAAGGUCAACAACCGCAUUAGUGACAACAUCCACACGUUAUAUGCGCACUCCAAAAUAGUGAAGCAAUUGAUGCGUUGCGUAGCGAAGGCAUUUUGUUUAUCUGGAACCAAGGAUGCAGAGAUGUAUCCAUCAGUCGACACGUAUGUGGAUGCCUUCAUGGGUCUCACCGAAUCUUUGGAUCCGGAUACACAAUUCAUCGUAGAUCGGUCGAUGAAGAGCACAACACCGACAAUAUUUCGCACACAAGGAUCAAGGGAGUUGACGAAAAUCAGAGAAGAGAUCGCUUACGACAUCGUCAAGGCUUUUGGGAGCGUCGCGGGGCUGCCUUAUCCAUGCGGAACUGUAAGAGAUCGUUUUGAAAAAUAGCGAGAGGAGAUGAGGACGAAAAUUGUCGAAGAUUCAUCAUGGAGAGUGAGAGGCGAAGAGUCACGGGACGCAACAGAGUUUAAAAAUGUCGUAUGAGACGUUUCAUACAAAGAUUGAAAUAAAAUAGGUCGAAAUGGUUGCACUCUUCAACAACUCGCAUUCGCUCAUAUGGUGCUAGAUUGUCACAUCAGCAACAAAAGUCGGCUUGCACGCAUGACAGCAGCAAGCUAGGAAAUGCGAAGGAUAGAAGAAGCCAUCAUGACAACUUGCAAGACCGGUAUCGGAAAAGUGAUUAUAAAUGUAAUCUCCCUCGAUCGAGAUAAAACCGUUGUGCAGAG